AUGCUGAUGAUCCUCAUAUUGUAUUAUGCCUCAUUUUCUCAACCCUCUACAUUCUCAUCCAGCCAGGAAACCGAACCAUCUUACCACAUGGGACCCGUUUUAGCAUCAAACCCAUUAAACCUCCACAUAAUAUGGUACGGCAAGUGGACCCCCACACAACAAAACAUCAUCCGAGACUUCGUCAGCUCACUCUCCACCCGAGCUCUCAAAAGCCCUUCUGUCUCCGACUGGUGGCGAACCGUAACCCUCUACACAGACCAGACGAACUCCAACGUCACGAGCACCGUAAACCUCUCGUCCGAAUCUCCCGACCCAAACUACUCCCACGGCCACAACCUCACGCGACUAUCCAUGCAAGACAUCGUGAAGAAGGCCUUUGCUGAUGAGCUGGACUUCGCCAGCGGGAUGUACCUGAUCCUGACUUCCGCUGACGUGGCGGUCCAGGACUUCUGCCACGGGGCUUGCGGUUUCCACCACUUCACGUUCGCACACGUGGUGGGGGGCGUGGUGCCGUACGCGUGGGUCGGGAAUAGCGGGGCCCGCUGCCCCGACCAGUGCGCGUACCCUUUCGUGCUGCCCGAGUAUCUAAAGCCCUCGUUUAAGUCGCUGAAGCCGCCGAACGACAAUGCUGACGUGGACGGGAUGGUGAUUGUGAUCGGGCACGAGCUGGCAGAGGCGGCGACUAACCCGCUGAACAACGGGUGGUUUGGAGGGAAAGAUACGAUGCCGAACGAGAUAGCUGAUGUGUGUUUGGGUGUGUAUGGUGAGGGUGCGGGUGGAGGUUACCCGGGGACAGUUGCGGCAGAUCGAAAGGGACGUGGUUAUAAUGUGAAUGGAGUGAACGGGCGGAGGUUUCUGAUGCAGUAUUUGUGGAACCCUCGGCUGGGAAAGUGCGUGCUAAGUACCUGA